AUGUCUUCUCAAACUCCUCUGCCCUCAGUCUUUACCCGGACAGUUCCGCGCCUGGCCCCGGAUGGUAUGGGCAAGGGUUUGUUUGCAUCGACAGACAUCAAGACCGGUGAGGAUGUGGUGUAUAUCAAAGUGCCUUUUGUGGCGGUGCUUGAUAAGCCUCGUCUUGAUGAUACGUGCUCGGGCUGCUUUGGAAAGAAGCAGCUGGAGAGCGAGACAGAUUUAAAGGCUUGUACGGGGUGUCGGGUUGUGAAGUAUUGUGAUAGGGCUUGCCAGUCCAAAGAUUGGAAAUUUGCCCAUUCCCUUGAAUGCCCGAUCUUUCAGAAGGUCAAGCCUAUGGUGCUUCCUAACAAUGCUCGAGCUAUCUUGCGUAUGGUCCUAAGGACAGGACGUAAUAAAUACAGCACCCAGGAGCUUGAUGUCUUCUCAGGUCUAGAGACUCAUAUGCAGCAGAUCGAACAAAGCCAAGCCCAACUGGACAGGGUCACUUUAACAGCGCGAGCAAUCAAAAACUAUUCGGAAACCGACAUGAACGAGGUGUCUAUCGCUGAAUAUGCAGCAAAGCUGGACUUGAAUUCAUUCAAUCUCACUACCGCACUCUAUGACCGUAUCGGUCUAUACCUUCACCCCUAUGCUGCUCUGAUCAACCACAGUUGUAACUUCAACUCCACUGUUGGGUUCGAUGGCGAAGAGCUCUUUGUCAAGGCCGUCCGGCCUAUCAAAAAGGACGAGCAGAUUUUUAUUUCCUACAUCGACACCACCACACCGCACGAGAUCCGACGCACAGAACUGUCUGAACGAUACUUCUUUGACUGCCGGUGCACGAGAUGUGCCAAGGGCACCGAUACCCCAGAAGACCGGUUCUCGGGCACACCGGAAGAUACGUCCGUGCUGGAGACGGCUGAGCGAAAAGCCCUAGAACUGAUGCAGUCCGCCUCUGCCUCGGAGACCAAGCCCGAAGAGAGCAUUGCAGAGCUUGAAUCCGCCCUCCACAUUCUCCACAAGACCGGCGUGUGGCCACUUACCCGCCAACCCUAUGCCUCGCUCCGCGACCAACUGAUUGUGUCUCUGCUCUCUGCCGGCAACUUCGGCCGGGCAUUCAUCCAAGCCGCCAUCCGGUAUCUGCGUGUCGAUCCCGCUUUAUACAGCUCAGCACAUCCAAUCCGCCAUAUGCAUGCCUGGAUUCUGGUCAAGCUUUCUAUUUACGCGUCUCAGAGUCUCGACCCAAACUCUAAGGAAUCAGCCUUCCUACAAAAGUUUGAGAUAAACUUCUAUUUCAUCCUCUGGUAUAUCCUUGCCGACCUGGCCAGCAAGCAGAUGGAGAGCUGUACAGUGCCGAGUUUCAAGAACCUUGUGGGGUCUCAUUUCGCUCAGGUACAUAACGAGUUCAAAGUCUAUGGGGUUGACCCUAGUACUUCACGGCCGCUUUUUGCUGCUGAGUGGAAAAAGCUGGAGCGGCUUGUUAGUCUGGCUUUAGAGAAGGAGUAG